GUAAAUAUGAAGUUUGAGGAUCUCCUCUCAGAAAUUAAUGGCUUUGGAAGAUUCCAGAAGACAGUCCUUUUUAUCACAUUUGUUGGCCGUUUCACCUUGCCGUGUCAUUUCCUGCUCAACAACUAUAUUGCUGCCAUACCCUCUCACCACUGUGACAUCAGCUCUCUGGACGGGGAUGAUGGCCUCUUUGGGAAUCUGAGCCUGGAGGAGAGAUUGACUGUUAGUGUUCCAGUAAUGGAGAGUGGGAAACUUAGUUCUUGUCAGAUGUUCUCAGAACCCCAAUUUCACCUCCUGGUGAACUCCAACUCUACUGGAGCCCCUACAGUCCAGUGCCAGAAUGGAUGGGUUUAUGACAACACUACCUUCACCAGUACAAUAGCCACUCAGUGGGAUCUGGUGUGUGAGAAUAGGGGACUGAACAAAGCCACCACAACCAUAUUCUUUGUCGGGGUGAUGUUUGGUGCCAUGAUGUUUGGCAGUUUAAGUGAUAGGUACGGGCGUAAGACAACGUUGUUGAUCUCAUACUUGACCGCGAUGGUAUUUGCAAUGUCCAGUGCUUUUGCCUCAUCUUUUAUCAUGUUUGCUGUUCUGAGGUUCUUCACUGGCUUCAGUAUCACAGGGAUUGUCAUUGUCUCCAGUGUCCUAAAUGUGGAGUGGGUGGAUAUUGAACGUAGGAAGCUGGUUGGUGUGAUUGACAGUCUGGGAUGGUCAUUUGGAUACAUGCUAUUGCCCUGGAUUGCAUAUGGAGUGAGAGACUGGAGAUAUCUGACCAUUGCUGUCACUAGCCCACUUGCUAUUGCCAUAAUCACAUGGAGGUGGAUCCCAGAGUCAGCAAGGUGGCUGAUAGCCAGCGGUCAGCUGGACAAAGCUCAUUAUUUCCUGAAGCAAUGUGCUAGCAAGAACCGGAGAGAGGGGGUCGCCUCCAAGAUCAAACCAGAGACUCUCUCCUGUAUUGUAAUGACAGAGAAAGUCCAAAGGAAGUAUUCGUAUGUUGAUUUGGUGAGAACCCCAAAGAUGAGGAGGCUUGCAGCACUCACUGGCUUUACCUGGUACGGUGUCGCCUCUACGUAUUAUGGUAUCAGCUUUAACAUUGCUGGUUUUGGAUUAGACCUUUACCUGAAUCAAUUUUUGUACGGAUUUAUCGAGUUUCCGGCAAAAAUUUGCCUCUAUUUCUUGUUUGACAAAAUGGGGCGUCGUCGAAUACAGGUUGGGGCGCUGCUGUUUGCGGGGCUCAGUCUUGUCAUUAACCUAUUUAUACCUAAAGAUCAGUGGAUAGUACGUACAGUUGUGUCAGUGUUGGGGAAAGGUUUCUCGUCUGCCUCCUUCACCACAGCUGUGCUCUACAGCUCUGAGCUCUAUCCCACUGUCGUCAGACAGAAUGGGAUGGGCUAUAACUCAUUCAUGGCCCGCUUGGGCGUGGCCAUAGCCCCUCUGAUUCUCCUGUUGGAGGAUAUGUCCAAUACCUUGCCUCAGGUGAUCCUGGGCUCCAUUGCUGUGGUGGCUGCAUUGCUUGCCCGUCUGCUGCCUGAGACACAGGGGAGGUGUCUGCCUGAGACCAUUGAAGACAUUGAGGGAACUGGGAAAACUAGGAACAAGGACGAGCUCAGUACAGACAACAAAUGCAAGACUUCACAAAAGUAUGUGGGAAACACAGGGUAA